CUCAGAAAUCAUAAUGAUUUCAAUUUGCACGUAGCUGCCAGUCUUAAGGGCUAACUUUGUUCUUUUUGGUUUGGGAGAUAACCUAUUACAUUUUGCAUGGCAAUAUUUAUUUUAUUUUGUUCUGCUGAAUUCUAUGGUGCACUUUCUGUGACAAGCAGCUGUGAGUAGCUAAGCAGAAAUGGCAUUAUUGACGUUGCUUUAUGUGACAUCAGUACUGGCUAUUUUUUUCCUACCAUCUCACGGGCAGGAGGGCAAUUGUUCAGGAGCUCCAGGAAUCCCAGGGACUCCAGGGGUUAAUGGGCUACCUGGAAGAGAUGGACGGGAUGGCAUGAGAGGGGAUCAGGGACCACCAGGCCCCAUGGGACCCCCCAAUGGUUUGCCAGGCGCUCCUGGAAGAGAUGGGCCUCCAGGAUCAAGAGGGCCGAAAGGUGAAAGGGGAGCGAAAGGAGACCAAGGACCCCCUGGGCCAGAAGGCCGUGCAGCGUUUCUCGAUCCAGACAUGCAGAAAACACUCAGGAGUCUGGGAGACAGGAUCCUAAGACUUGAAGGAGUUCUAGCCUUGAGGGGACUGAUAAAUAAGGUGGAGGACAAAAUAUUUACUACCAAUGGGAAGAGAGUUGUCCUUGACGAAAUAAUCCAAGCCUGUCAACUUUCAGGGGGUUCCAUUGCAAAACCCAUGAAUAAAAAGGAGAACGAUGCCAUUAUGCAAAUUGUGAAAGAACAAAAUCAAUACACCUACUUGGGAAUUAAGGAGAGUUCAGUUCCAGGAACCUUUGAAUAUUUCGAUGAAACUCCUGUGAAUUAUACCAACUGGCGUCGAUAUGAACCAAAUGGAAAAGGGUCAGAAAAUUGUGUUGAGAUGCAAACUGAUGGAAGUUGGAUUGACAAAAAAUGCAACCAGUAUCGUCUCAUUAUCUGUGAAUUUUAAAAUUUCCCAUUUUAAUGUCUAUACCAAAGGAAUUGUCAUGGUUUCUGGGAACUAUAGUCCUCUGAAUAUAAUUGUUGUAAAGUCUUCAUCAGCCUUCAGUCUUCUACAAUUCCCAAUAUUCCGAAGCAUGAGAGAUAAAUAAGUAACCAAUGUGAGGAUAGGUUUUAAUGAUGAUGUGAGGGUACAAUUAUUUCCAAUUUCUGGAUAAUUAAAAGAAAUUAAAAUAUUGAUUUACAGA